GAGAUUUUCUACCUUUCCCACUCUCUAAGUAUUUCGUUCAUCAUUUCUCCUGUGCUCUUGGCUUUCUGUGCGAAAGGGAGGAAAGAAUCAGGGUUUCUCGCAUCCCUUCCUAGCGCGGCGUCACUGGUCUCCAGCGCGGAUCAAUGCGCCGCCGCGGCCGGAUCGGUCGAUGUCCGAGCGUGCGCCGAAGCUUUCAGCGAAUUUCUGAUGCCUAGCGAAGAUUUGUGCUGCUGGGAGGAGUCUGUGGCGGCCCAGGGCGGCGGCUCGACGCAGUAAGGCAGAAGCGAGGAAAGAUCGAGAGCUAGGUCUGGAUCACACCAUGAGCGAGGCAGUAGAUAUCCCAGAGCUGAUCAUGUCGCAAAAUGGCGACCACAUUGCCAAAGAGCCAAAUGGUGAUGCUACUGGAGAUCUAGGAAAGAACACACCGGCUAUGGAGAAGGACCAAGGCGAUGAAAGCGUCCAGCUCCUAACCAGCAAGCUCACAGUUGCGCUCAAAGAGAUUAUAAACAAGGACAACUUAGUGAAGCAGCAUGCCAAAGUUGCCGAGGAUGCGAUAUCAGGAUGGGAGAAGGCAGAAGCCGAGGCCGCCAUGUUGAAGCAGCAGCUAGAAAACGCACAGCAACAAAGGCUAGCUCUAGAUGAGCGCGUUGCUCACUUGGAUGGUGCUCUCAAGGAGUGUGUAAAGCAGCUGCGGACUGGACGAGAAGAGCAGGAGCAGAAGCAAGAAGAGUUGGAGGAGAAGACUAAAGAGUGGGAUCGGGUUCGCACGGAUCUUGACGCGAGGCUGACGGAAGCGGAAGAGCAGGUGCUCCAAGCAACAGCCGAGAAUGCAUCCCUGGAGCAGCGUCUAGCCGAUGCGAAGGUUCAGGCGGAUUUGGACGUGAAGAAGGUGUCAACUAAGGUGGAGAGUCUCGAGAAGGAAAAUGCCGCGCUCAAACAUGACGUACGUGCGCUGAAGAAGGACCUCGUUGGCCUCAACAAUGAAUCCAAGAAGGCGUCUGAGGCGGCGAAACAGCAACUCUUGGAUUCGUCGCGAAAGGUUUCAAAGCUUGAAGCUGACUGCCAGAGACUAAAGAUUCAGCUGCGCAAGAAGACUGCUGGUUCGUCCCCGCACCUACGUGAGGUGGACGUGCUGGAUCGGAGAAAGUCACUUGGAAGGCUGGUGAGCUCACCACGAGCUUUCUCUGAAACGGUGGACGACUGCUCUGAAAUGAGCAACAAGGAUAUGGACGACAGGUUUGCGUUGGAAGAAGAAACCAAAUCACUGAAGGAUGAACUUGCCAAGCGGAACAAAGAGCUCCAGGCGGCAAGAAUAAUGUGUGCGCGGACUGCAGGCAAGCUGCUCAACGUGGAAGAGCAACUCGCAAGUAUCUAUGGGGAACAAGACGUCUCCAAGAUGGGUCUGAACGGGCACAUAGAGGCUUUGAGAAGUUUUGGAGACAACCAGCAGGCAUCCCAUGGAAGUUGCAAUGGAGACGAAGCGGACGCCUGGGCCUCAGCACUGAUCACCGAGCUGGCGCAGUUUAAGAAAGAAGAUAAGAAACCUGACAAGCUGCUCGACACCACAAGCUUCGAACUCAUGGAUGACUUUCUGGAGAUGGAGAAGCUCACGUCAAAUGUGCCACACGAAAAUGGUCAGGCACUGGAGAGGAAGGAAAGCGGGAGCCCGAGUCAAAAGGACCUUGAUGCCGCCAACGAAGUUAUUAUCGCUUUAAGAAAGAAAGUGUCCGCUCUGGAAAGUCAGGUUCACAACAACACCGCAGCAAAUGGCCAUGCACAGGGACAGGUGGAUGGGGUACCAUCCAGGUAUGGAGAUGUUGAUCAGCUAGCAAACGAGCAAAAGAAGGAACUGGUUCCAUUAGCUCGGAAGAUUUUCCGGAGUUUAGAGCGUUUAGGACAGGAUGGUGGGCUUGAGCACGGGCAGAAGCCACCUUCUGACUCCGAGAUCAAAACAGAUGAGAUAACUCUCGAGGUGCAAUGGACAAAUGCCGACGUCGAUGGUAGUUUUGAAAGGCUGGCUGCUUCUGGCAACGCUCUAUUGCAAGGAAAUGCCGACUUCUUCAGUUUCAUCGCCGAAGUUUGCAACACUUUGGACGUACUCGCUGGCCUGGAACGGGACCGAAGCCCGGAAUUGCAUAUGGAGGCUGCGUUAGCAGCGGCAAACAGCCAGAUAGUAUUGCUGCGAGAGGAAUUGGCUCGUCAUCAAGAGAACCUUGCUGCCCUGAAAAUUGAGAAGGUGGUGCUAAUGGAUUCGCUACACGACAGUGCUGGCAAGAAUGCUAGUGUUUUGGACGAUCUUACCUUGCAAAAUCGCGAGAUGGAAGAAAAGCUGGCGGCAUCAACGGUCUUGGUCGAACAGCUUAAGUCGAGGAUAUCUGUUCUGGAAAAUGAUCUGAAGGCUGCAGACGUGAAAGCUCGUGAUCAGGUACAAGAACUAAGCAAGAAGUUCGAAGAGAGCCUUGGCAGAGAGAUUUGUGCAAAGGAGACAGCUGAGAGGAGCCUCCAGACGAUGAACGGGGUCAUGGCAGAACUGGAAGCUCAGAGGGAAAAGCUCGACGAGCAGGCGAAGUCUCAGCUUAUGAGAAUUGAAGUGUUGGAGACUGAUUUGAAACGCGGCAGACAGGACAAGCUAGCAACUCAAAAAGACAUCGACGCAGUGAACCAGGAUAUCCAGAAGUUGAUGGCGGACUUCGUUCAGCUUCAACACGAGAAACAGGACCUAGAGGAAGCUUUGGCUGAGGCUUCACAGCAGAGGCAUGAGGAUUCAAACAAAACGAACGUCCAUCUUCAGACCAUUGACGGACUGGAGGAAGAUCUCAGGCGCUUGAUGGAGCAAGAACAAGAAAGUAGAAAGUCGCUCGAGGAGACCAAGCUAGCUCUCAACAAGUAUCUUUUACGGGAGGAAGCUCUUCACAGGUCUCUCAGUGAGAAGGAAGCACGGUGUAUCGAAAUGGACCUUUGCCUCGAGAAGCACAAGGAUGAGAGGACUUUAUUGGAGCAGAAGGCCAGUGAGCAGCUUAAGAUGGAGCGGGGCCGAGUGAGUACAUUACAGGAAGAUAUUGGUCGAUUAGAGCUUCAGAAUGUUAGGCUGGAAGGUAGGCUCUGCCAAAGUAACGAGGAGCUCAAGGCACAGGAAGCGAGUUUUAUCAGCUUACAGAGCGAGUUUUACCAGCUGAAGAUCGAGAAAGAAGAAAUGGAGCAGAGCUUUUCACAGAACGUACAGCAACUGAGAACGAGGAUAGCUACGUUAGAGGAGGAGGGCAAGAGAUUGAAAGCCGAGCACGCAGAUAUUCAAGAUGGUUUUAUGCACGACGUUGAGCGUGUUAAAGGUGACUUCAAUCGGUCUGACAAGGAGCUUAGAGAAGUCAGUACCGAGAAAGAACGACUUUGCGUUGAGGUGGAAGGCUUGACAAGGAUUGUAGAGGAGUUCAAGGAGAGCUGCUCGAAGCUGGAAACGGAAGUGCUUGCGUUGCAAAGAUCAAACGAGGAUGUUGAGCAGAAACUGCAAACCGCCACCGACAACCUCAAACGUUUGGAAGCAGAAUGUAGCAGACUGGAAAACGAGAAAAUGGACCUUGAACACGUUCUGGCCGCAACAAACGAGAUCGUUCAGGGUGUCAAGGAAGAAUGCAGCAGACUUUCCAUAGCGGAGCAAGAACUGAAAGAACUGAAAGCAGAGAAAGAAGAAAUCCAGCGACGUGCUAAUGAAAGCUUGAAGCAGGUCACUCAGGACUUCCAGACUCUGGAGGCUGACAAGGCGGAACUGGAACACGACUUGGCAUUGUCGCAAGUAACGUGGAAGAGUCAGGUGUUUGAAGCUGAAGAAUUGGUGGCAUCGCUCAGGGCGGAGCUAGCUCUGUCAGCAAAAUCGAGGCAGCUCGCAGAAGACCAGCUUGCCGAAAGCUUUUCAGCAAAAGCGGAGCUUCAGUACGAAGUGAAAGCAGCAUUGCAUGCAGCAAGUCAACUCGAGGAGAGAUCAAAAGCUUUAGAGGAGGAGCUUGGGAAGGAACGGUCGAAGAGCCGAGCCGCUGCUGCCGAACUUGAUGAUCUUCUUCAGCAGCAACUCUCCCGGACGAAGAACUCGAGCCCUGUCGUGCCUACUCCAGACUCGAGCACCGAAAAGAGUGUGGAUUUCGCGGCGAAACUGGACGAGUGCCACCGUGCUAUCCUCAACCUCGGGGAGCAACUACAGUCUCUCAGCAUGUCGAGGAGCUCUCAAUCUCCAGCAGCAGCAGCAGAAGAACCUUCAACAUCGGAAGAAAGCACCAACAACACCAAACUCAAACCAGACGAAGCGGAAACUUUGGCUGCCAAACCGGCGGAACCGACUCCAGAGCUCGCAACCGAAGGUAGCGAACAAAACGGUGAAAGCAAGGUGUUCGUGCCUAGCAUCCCCCUGGAAGGAAGACCACGCUCCAAGUCGACGUCCCCGGCCAAGUCCAAGAUACUGAAAGCAGCAGCGGCAGCGGCGUCGGCAAGCAAAGAGCUGGAUCUCACCAAGUCUUUGGACAUGGGAUCGCCCUCGGAGAAGCCCCCCUCGUCGGCAUUCAGCCGGUUCUUCCGGGGGAAAGGAAGCAGCAGCAGCAGCCACCAUCAUCCAUGAAAUGGAGUUUGAUCCGUCAUCACAACAUCCUCCUUCGCACGCGCCAAGCGCGCGAAACCAGCUUCCGGAUCUUUUCGUCGUUGGCUACUCCCAGGAAGAGGUGGUGGUAUCACUGCGUUACCAGUCAGAUACCCGAGCUCCAAAGACUUCCAGGCUCUUUGCAACCGGGAAAACGAGGCACGGGAGGAAGAUCCUCUUCCACUGGAAACUUCCACCAAGAUGGACCAUGGUAACAUCGAUCAGGCACCACAAUCCGCUCUUGGCCAGCGCCGCCGGGAUUAAGUCCCAUCCAGUAUCUCUCACCUCUCGGCCUCGACAUCGUGUACUCUGGUCGGCAUUAAUGUAUGGAGUUGAUUGACUAUAGUUGACAUUUGUCUUUAAACCCU